AUGAGACGCACAGAAGUCAAGACCCCAUUCAUGUCCAUCCACAAAGCUGUCACGCUGAUAGACUACAAAGAGACUGUCCCAAACAAUUGUGACAAUGUUCACACUGUCUCGUGCACUCUCUCUCAGCACUGUUAUUUAUCUAUGGCUGCUUCUAUAGUGGCACUUAAACUUGCUUCACCAAAAUGUUGCCAGAAGACAUGGCCCCGACAUCAUUCUGAUACUAAUCUUUUUCUCUGUCCAUAUUUUCUCUCCCUCUCUCUCUUUACUUUCUUUAUUUAUUUAUCUGUUUUUACCUUUUCCUCUCAUAUUUACAUUUUUAUCAUUCCUUUUCUUUUCCGUCUCUUUUUCUCCACCACUUUCCCUUUCUUCUCCAUUCCUUCCUUUUUUCUUUACCUUCUUUCUUUCUAUUCCCACAAUUAUUUCAAUCCCCACCCACUUUGUCUUGUUUUCCUUUUUUUUUCCAAGUUAUUUUCCAUUUGGUAA